CUGCAAUCCGAUUUCACUGUCCGAUAAUCGGAUGGUUAUGUGAAUGCACCGUUGAGGCCGCAGUCAGCUGACUUAUCUCCCAGCGUCCACCGCGCACAGACAACAUGGCGGCGCCCAUGGUACACGCUCUGCGGUCAAUUUCCCGGCUGUACCGGCCUCACACCCGCCGCCUCUCCGGCUCCUCCGAGCCCUUAGUGUCCGGGACCCGUCGGGGCCUCUUCAAGGAGGUGUUCCCGGCGGAGAGCGCCCGCCUCCAGCUCCCGGAGCUCCUGUCCUCCGGCCUCCCCCAGACCGUGUACUGCGGCUUCGACCCCACGGCGGACUCCCUGCACGUCGGGAACCUCCUGGCCGUGCUCGGCCUCCUCCACUUCCACCGGGCCGGGCACCACGUGAUCGCCGUGGUCGGGGGAGCCACCGCCCAGAUCGGGGACCCCAGCGGGCGCAGCGGGGAGCGGGAGGCGCUGAGCCCGGAGCGGCUGGAGGAGAACGUGCGGGGGAUCCGGGACUCGCUGCACCGGAUCUUCGGUCACCACGAGCUGCUGUCGGGCGGGGAGGUGCGGCCCGGGGGGCGGGUGACGGUGCUGGAUAACGCCGCCUGGUACCGGCACCGGCCGGCUGUGGAGUUCCUGGGCUCGGUGGGCAGACACUUCCGGAUGGGCACCAUGCUGAGCCGCCACAGUGUGCAGAGCCGCCUGGCAUCACCGGAGGGCAUGAGCCUGGCAGAGUUCACCUACCAAGUGUUCCAGGCCUAUGACUUCUACUACCUGCACCAGAAGUAUGGCUGCCGCAUCCAGCUGGGGGGCACCGACCAACUGGGCAACCUCAUGUCCGGGCAUGACUUCAUCCACAGAACAACAGGAGAAGAGGUGUUCGGGAUCCUGCUGCCGCUUAUCACCAGCACCAGCGGGGACAAGCUGGGCAAGUCGGCGGGGAACGCCUUGUGGCUGAACCGAGAUCGGACGUCACCGUUUGACUUCUACCAAUACUUUGUGCGGCAGCAAGAUGGCAACGUGGAGAGGUUUCUAAAACUUUUCACUUUCCUUCCGCUCCCUGAGAUCAAGCACAUUAUGGAUCAGCACGCCAAGGAGCCUGAGAAACGGCUCCCCCAGAAGAGACUGGCAGCGGAGGUCACCAAGCUCGUCCAUGGCAAAGAAGGGCUGGAGUCUGCCAAGAGGUGCACUCAAGCGCUGUAUCACAGCAGCAUUGACGCCUUGGCGGCCAUGUCUGAUCAAGAACUGCAGGAACUUUUCCAGGAAGCCCCUUUCGCCGAAUUGCACUUGGAACCUGGCACCAGGGUGCUCGACGCCUGUCUCAAAGUGUCUGCCAUCCCCGAGGGUGCUCGUGGCUUUGACAUCUUGAGCAGCGGGGGAGUGAGCUUCAACCACACGAGGGUCACCAACCCAGACGAGGUGCUCGUGGUCGGCCAACACAUCCUCAACAAUGGACUGUCCCUCAUCAAGGUCGGGAAGAAGAACUUCUACAUUGUGAAGUGGCUGCAGAUGUGAGAGCGGCCCGACCGUCCGGCCCUGGGGGGGGGGGGGUCAAUACUCUCACUGAGUGAGAACCUGUGCGCUGUAUAUAGGGGGCGAUGGCGCGGGUCUAAUAAAUAACUGUAUCAGUUGGAUAUUACACUGGGUCUCUUGUCCUUUGUCCUCAACCAACAUCUGACGCUUUCAUUAUUUAGUUAGUCUCCAUGCAGCUGGAGGACCCCUUUAACCACUUAAAGGGGUACUCCGGUGGAAAAG